AUGCUAACCCUCUUGACUAUCAAGUCUCAUGUCGAGCUUCAGAAUGCUACGGGCGAAACAGUGCAGAAGCGACCCCUUCGAAAACACAAGCUCGCGUUGGGCACGUCCUUGGCAUGUCUUCAAGACCAAGUCCUGGGUGUUCACGAUCCCGAGAUUCAGGAGAUCCGGCGCACUGGCUUGGGCGAUUUCACGCACGAGUUUCUUCUUUGCGACAUGGACGGAGACUGGGUGGUCUUGGAGUCGGACGACAUUGUCCAGGCAAGGGGCUUCCUCCAAAUCAAAGUGCUGUUGCGACUCAACAUCAUCUUUCCCAGAGGCGACGAAUUGUUCGUGUCAAGGCAUCAACACUUGGCCCCCCUGCACGUUGACUUGGUGAAAUGUGGACCCACCACCACGACGAACGGCGACGAACGCAGCAUUGAAGACGCCGUUUUGACACAGAACUUCGACUCGUUCAGCGACUCAGAUAUGACAACGACAGUUCCAUUCAGCUCGCAGGAAUUGUCUCAUCUUGGAGCUGAAGGACCCUCCACUGCCACGGACGAUACUUGCCCAUCCAUGCUGGACGAUAUUGCGCUGAGGUGUCGACGUUUCACCCACUGCGACUUCGACUGUGACCGUGGACGGUUUUACUGGGUGGACCAAUUGCAUGGUGACCUGGGGUACAUCGACGUGGACUCGGACGAGUGUUGUGUGUUGAUGCAGCGGCUUCAGCGGCCAUCCCACGUCAAACUUCUGGCUCGGACGUCGGCAUUUUACAUCGAACAAGGCCGUGACAGCAAUGGGGGCUCAAUAUCGUGUGUCAAUUUGGAGACGCGUGAAGUCUCCGUGGUGGUCACAGGUCUGACAAACCCAACCGGUCUGUGCAUUGUCUUCCAUCCCACGACUUUGGUGUUUGGCCAGACAACUGUUGAUCACAUCUUGACCAUUUCAGCAAUGUCAUACGACACCAGUUCCCCCACGAAGGAUGCACGUACCGAUACAACUAUCAAACUGCUUGUGACCAAGGCAUUCACCGCGUCUGUCCAACCAACGGCAAUCUCGAUCGCAGCAGACGGGUCGUUGUGCACCGGAUUUUCUAGCAUCGCUCUGCCUCCAUCUAGGGGACAACUUUCCCUUUGGAUACCGUCCACCAAGUAUAUCACCAGCACCCCCGGCCUGUACGACUACAACCUUGCGACUGCGGUGGACAUGGCAACGCCCCACUCCGUCCGCGACGUGAUGUGCCAUCCAUCGCGGGCUUUCUUCAUGUUUUGCAUGGCAGAUCCAGACACGAUGACUCAUUCAUCAGCCCUCGGAACCGUCCAUUUGGACAGUGCCCCGCCUCAGCUCGAGUUGGACCCCGAACGGUUCGUUCAAACGACGUGCUUGGCAGGCACCCACGACCGAGUGUACUAUUGCGCGUCUGUGGGGGCCAUGGAUACAAUCGUGUACACAUUCCUGCAUGCCGAGAGUGGAGGACGAAGGGAAGUAGACGACGUCGAACCGGCCAGGGGAACACCAUUACUUGUGUGUACUCAACCAAUUGGCGCUUGUCUUGAUACCACAAGUGACCUCAGUACUGUGGAGAAGCACGGGCGGCUCGACGGGCCAGUCAAUAUUCAAGUGAUUCUUCGAUCGCGGCCACUGCUGCGCCAUGAAAUUGAUCGCGGUGUGCAGAGUGUCGUGACGUGCUCGGGCUGCAAUGCUUUACAUGUUGCGCCCAUUCGAAGUUAUCAAUCGUCCAAACAUUUCACGUUCGACAGAGUGUAUGGACCGGCAUCUACCCAAGACGAUCUGUAUCAGACUUCGAUCCUGCCACUCGUCCACCGAGUUCUUCAAGGGUACAAGUGCACUGUGCUGGCGUACGGCCAAACUGGCUCUGGGAAAACGCACUCCAUGGAAGGGUCCGCCGGCGACCGCGGCAUGAUUUUCAAGAGCAUUGCCACCAUAUUCGACCAGCUCAAAGGCAAAGCAGACUGUCGAGUGCGCAUGUCCCACGUUGAGAUCUACAACGAAGAACUGACCGACUUGCUGUCGACCUCUCAACGAGCCGAACGGAAGGCCAGCCAUGUGGACAAGUUCUUCGUCCAUCGUGUCAAGAAGGCCCAUCCAGGCAUCCGCGGGUUGUCCAAAAUGAAACGAUGUGACGAGCUCGAGGAUUUCGAGGACAAGGUCGACGACUUGCCGAAGCUUUCGAUCAUCCGCCAUCCCUGCCAUGGCGUAAUUGUUCAAGGGCUCGAAGAGGUUUCGAUUCAGUCGGCUGCAGAUGCGCAGACCCUGCUCGAACGCAGUUUUUACUGUCGACAAACGGCAGCCACGCAAUGCAACAAAAUGUCCAGCCGGUCGCAUUCGAUUUUAACGGUUCACACUGAGGUCACAGCGAUGGACGGAUCUGGCGACCAGAGCAUUUCGUAUGGCCAGCUUCGGCUCGUGGAUUUGAGUGGGUCUGAAAACUACGACCGUGCGGGGGCCCAGCGAGAUCGACAGCUAGAAGCCGCCAAUAUUGGCCAAGGAUUGUUGGCGCUGGGACGAGUCAUCCGUGCCCUCGUGGAGAAGUGGCCCCACGUUCCGUACCGCGAAAGCAAACUCACGCGAUUGCUCGAGGACAGUUUGGGCGGCACGUCCAUGACGACGCUGCUCCUGGCAGUGUCCCCCGGAGACGAAGCGCACGAAGAAACGCUAAACACACUCAACUACGCGACCCUGGCGAAGCGAGUGACGACACGACCUCGAAAGUCGUGCUCAUCGAAAAAACCAAACACGAACACCCUCCCUCAGUGCAAAAGCCAGCCGAGCUUGACUCCUGAAGUGAUCUCGCCCUGGCAAGGACAUGUCCCCAUCAGGACCAGCACGUCCGCCAUGAAGCACCUCGUGAGAGCGACGGACCGCACGAUGCAUGUGCCCACGACCGAGUGGAGCGAAAACGUUCUCUGGGAGGUGAACGCCAAGACGUUGACAUCGAAAGCGCGGCGGAUACUCAAAACGAUCUUCCACACGUUCGACUCGAAAAAGGGCGGCGCGUUGUGCAAACACGAUGCCCAGAAGGUGUACCACGAUCUGUUCCAACUGCCCAAGGCGGCCGCCCCGCCCCAGCUCCUUCUGGACGACUUUCUCGCAACAUUUGACGCCUUGGUGGCCACGAAUCCCAUGCUUGCACGACACAUAUUCACGUCUCAAGGAUACACGUUGAACAUGGAAAAAACAACACCCAAACAAUCGACAGCAUCAACCCCCAUCAAAACCUCCGCUUCGUCACUCAGCAGCCUCGACGUUUACACGAGUCUGUCGGACGAACCCAACAUUCUAGUGCAAGAAAUCCGAGUUCCCGUGGGGAGUUUCCGGGGACUCCGCGACGUGCGGAUGAAAAAAUCGAUGGCGGCGACUCGACCGUCGUCUGCCCCCGUCCAUCGAGACAUGAUUCUCACUCAGAGUAGUAAUUAUCAUCAGCAGUGCACCGAACGCAGUCUAACUCGAUAGACAUCGACAUCCAUGGCUUUGGAAUACGACCAGAGCUAUGGUUGACAAUCAGAGUGUAGCUACAUAGUCUAGUCAGCGUGUUGAUCAUACAUUCAAUGAGCUAGCUAUACCGC